AUGGUUUUGCAGGAUAAAUAUCCUAAAGAUGAACAUUCUACUCAGACUCCUGUACAUGCUACAGGUGCUCCCCAUAACACUCCGAAAGACCUGGUUCAAUACAGUCCGUAAGACACUCAUGACUUACAUCUGAGCUCAUAAAAACCCAAGACUAUCUUAUACACUUCUCACAAGACUGAAGGACGAGGGAGGCCUGGGAUUACCAGACAUUGAAAAUUACCACAAAGCAAUUCUCUUAACUAGAAUCUAUGAAUGGUCAUACCCACACUCUACAAAGCAAUGGAUACAACUCGAAAACGCUUUCUUUCGGGUGCCCAUCUAUAUGAUACCCUGGCACAAAUCGGGACAAACGCUAUUGCUCCAUAACCCUCACCCCACUAUCACCCCCACACUACACAUGUGGGCAACACUACGUACACAUGAACAAAUAUCUCCGUACCCAUCCCCACUAUAUCAGAUCACGCACAACCUCCUAUUUCAACCUGGGGACGAUGACAAGACAUUCAAGCUCUUCCACAAGUCAGCAUAUCUCACAUUGGGGAACACAGUGGAAGGCACAGGGACACAACACAUCAAACCCCUACACACCCUCAUACAAUCGCAAACGUCAAUCCAACAAUUCCAGUACCGCCAGCUCACACACUUCAUUCAAUCAGGUCCACUAGCUUACAGCACCAACCGUGCCCAAACAGUUUUCGAACAAUACUGCUCUAACCAGUCCAUAAAGAAAAAACUCAUUUCGAUGAUGUAUGCCAUAAUCCUAUCAACACGACCACAUUCCCUACCAGCCUUCACCACAACAUGGGAAAAGGAAUUAAACAUAGAAAUUUCACUAGAUAAAUGGCGAAAAAAAUAUUCAGUCAAAUCUACAAAUCCUCAAAAAACACGAGAGCCCAAGAAAGUCGCCAUAAAAGAAUGA